AUGCCCGCACGCCCACUCAAGUCCGCUCUGAAGAAACCCACAAAAUCCUUCGAAACCCCCGCUGCCGGCCCCUCCAAGCCAUCCUUCUCUGCCAACAAGCCCAGUCAAGGCAAACCCAAAGCCAAGGCGACUGUCUCUAUCGCCAAGAAGCCAGAGAAGCUCCGUGGUCCCGACCUUGCCAGCGACAGUGAAAGCAAUGUCAGUGGAUUUGAGAACGAAAGCGGGGACGAGGGGGAGGUGGUUGACGAAGACGAGGAAAUGAACACGGAUGAGGAGAUUGAAAAGUCCAAGGAGCCUAAGAAGGGAAAGAAGGGCCAGAAGAGAAAAAGAGCUCCCACGACAGCUGCCGAUUUCGGUGCUACUCUUACUUCGCUGCUUGCCGACCCUCUCACGCACCCUUCUAAAAAGGCCAAACCAGCCAAACCGGCUGUCGACCCCAAAAAGAAGUCGACAACAAAUCCCAUUCUUGCUCUGUCCGCGCACAAGCCUCCCACAAAGGCUUCAGUAUCAUUAGAAGCAAAGGCCAAGAAGCAAAUCAGAGUCGACAAGGAGGAAAAGGAAGAUCGAGCGAGGGUCAAGAAUGUCGUGGAAGGAUGGAGUGGGGAUGGUGUCGUUGGUGGACAAGAGUUUGAGAAGAAUCUGAGAAAGACAGCGCAGAAGGGUGUGGUCAAGCUUUUCAAUGCCAUCCUUCUUGCAUCCAAGAAUGCUGAAGCCUCCGACAUGUCUUUGGCAGACAGAGCCAAGGUUAAGCCUGAGGCUGCCAAGAGAAAGGAGAAGGACAAUAUUCUGGGUCGAGGAGCCAGGGAGGAUGUCUUGACCAAGGAGAGCUUCUUGGAUAUGGUCCGAAAGGGCAGUAGUAGAUAA